AUGGCCCUUCUUCCCUCUCUCGACUCGUGCGUGUUUGACACAUCAAAUGGCCGCCUCUGCCGCUGGGCCAUCACGUCUGCACAGACAGCGCUCAUGAGCACUCUUUUCAAAACCAACGCAUGGGAGCGCAGCCCGCCGUCCCAGCAGAACGGCGCCGCCCAGCCCAACAACAUCACGACGGCGGAUGUCAGCAAGGCCAGCAGCCUUGCCUUGCUGAGUGGCUGUGGCAGAGACCAAGGUACUGUUCAGGAUGGCACAUCAUUUACUCACACCGCCGAUGCCCUUUUGGCUGCCGGAAACCCCGUUGCUGAGACGGAUGUGCUGCAGGCUGGCGGUGCUUCCACCGUCCAAUACGGUCUUGUGGUGACGAAGAGCAACAAGGGAGGCGCCGUCGUCGUUGCGCAUCAACCCGCCACCUUCCCUGGCCUCUACGAGGACGUGGAUUACCCGGUCUAUACCGUCUUUGCGCCGCCAAAGCCCCCCGGUGACAUGCCACCACGAGUGAAGCGACGGGCCCGGCCCGGCCCGGUGUAUAAAAAUGACAUUUCCACGGCAGGCGCCCGGCAGCAUCGCGCCCAGCGAGAGGUAAGUCGGAUGUGGCGAGGAGUGCUGUGCCGCCGCCGACUUCAGCAGGCUCGCACGCUGGACGAGGUGCUGAACAACCGUGUCAGGCGCAUCCAGUGCUGGUGGCGCAGCCUGCAAGCGCGGUGGCGACUACGGCAGCUGCACGCUAUUCGGAAAGAAUGGGCGAAGGAACGAAUGGCGCGCUACAUUACGGGCCGUGUCGAGAACACCAAAAAUAUAAUCUACUGGCAGCACUGCCGUUACGGCUACGCCGCAGUGCUCAUCCAACGGAUGGUGCGGUGGUACCUGCGCGAGAAGCAGCGCCGUGAAUGCGAGGCGCAGGGCGUGCCCGAGUCAGAGUGGCCGCCUGCGCUAGCGCAUCCUCCGACCCACAAGCACUCCCUGUACUUCCCCUGGCGGCGUCCGUACGGCACUGCAGAGGCAUGCCAGCCGGCACCGACCGCGGGCGAGCUGGUCGCCACUGGUGAGAACGCAUUGCACAACCGCACCCUGUUGCAGUUUCGCGAAGUCAGGGCUCCGGUGCCACCCCCUACGCAGGAGGAAGUGGAGGCGAUCAACGCAAAUAUGCGUGAGCGAAGCGCGCAGCAAGCGUUGGCGCUGACGACGCCAGAGGCUCUCUCUCGUGCCGAGUGGAAGACGGAGAACAUCCACCGGAAGGACCUCGACUUCAACGCCGCCGUGGUGCAGCGCCUAUACCGUAGCAAGCAGGCCACCGUCAAGGUCAACACCAAGAAGCUGACAGAGAAGUACUUGGAGAAGAACGUGCGCAUCAUCUCUCGGACGUUCCGCAUGUAUGUGUUAAUGAAGCGUUUACGCAUUCGCCGAGCGACAACAGAAAGUCAGGCGCGAGCUCGUGUGGCGCGGCGCAGUGACGAAAAGGUGGAGGCCCUGAAGGUGGCGGCUGUGUGGCAGCGCGACUUGAUGGACGCGAGCGCGAUGUGCAUCCAGAGGUGCUGGCACUGGUACCGUUUCGAACACCAAGGCGUGGUGCCAGCCUCCUACGCGGUCAUGCAGGUGGUGCCGACACCACCUCCGUAUGGCCUGAUCGACGCGCACCUGAAACGAGAGCGCGAGAUGCGGUGGGCUUCCAUGAACUUGAUGGAGCGACACGAGCUGGAGAAACAGAAGCGCCAAUUGUACCUUCGCUACGUGCCGUCGAGGGUGAUUGUGUGCGAGCACAUCGGUCGCUUUGUCACCGCGCCGCUGACCGAGUUGUGA